CCAGGCACGCAACGCGGCGGCGGAAAGAGAGCGCCCGCUUGCCGCGGAUCCGCCGCCCGCGGCGGGCGGGGUCACGAGGCUAGCUCGGCUCGGGCGGCCCACACCAAAAAGCCGGCGGGCACGCGCUUGGUCCAAGCCGAGCCAGACCAGAGCCUAGCCGAGCAGCCCUGCCCAGCACCACGUCUCCUCGUCUCGGGCUCCCCCUUCCUCCAGGCCACCACCACAACACCCCUCCGCGUCGACGACGACCCCUCCGCUCCUUCCUUCCGUCCUCGCCCGCUCGGCAGCAAAGCGGAAUCCUCUCCCUCCGCCACCGUUCCUUCACUCGCGCACGGCGGCGACGGUUCCCCGAUUGACUGAAGAGACAUGAAUGGAGGCGUGGAGCCGCAGACCCCGCCGGACAGCCCUUCCAUGGAUGCCGCUGUCGGCAAGCCGCCGCGCCACCACCUCACCUCGAUUCGCCACUGCGCCAGCAGCGCGCGCAUCGCCGCCGCCGCCGCGUCGUCCCCCGACUACGGCCUGGAUUUGGGGACGAUGAGCUUGAUCUCGCCCACCGACGUCCGGGCUGGGUUCCUGCCCGUGUUCCGAUCGGGGAGCUGCGCUGAGACUGGGCCCAAAUCGUAUAUGGAGGACGAGCACGUCUGUGUGGACAACCUCAUCGAGCACCUCGGGGGGCGCGCCGCCGGCAUCCCUGCCCCGGGCGCCUUCUACGGGGUGUUUGAUGGUCAUGGCGGUACAGAUGCAGCAUGUUUUGUUCGCAAGAACUUACUCAAAUUCAUUGUUGAAGAUAUGCAUUUCCCCACGAAUGUUGAAAAGGCAAUAAGAGGUGCAUUUCUGAAGGCUGAUCAUGCACUAGCAGAUUCCCAUUCCCUUGACAACAGUUCUGGAACCACUGCAUUGACGGCUCUUAUAUUUGGCAGGACACUGUUCAUUGCAAAUGCAGGUGAUUGCCGAGCUGUUCUAGGAAAAAGAGGUCGAGCAGUGGAACUAUCGAGAGACCAUAAACCCACCUGCAAGAGUGAGAAGAUUAGAAUUGAAAAACUAGGUGGUACUGUUUUUGAUGGCUAUCUUAACGGUCAGCUAGCAGUAGCAAGGGCACUUGGAGACUGGCACAUGAAAGGCCCAAAAGGCUCAAUUAGCCCUCUGAGUGCAGAACCUGAGCUGCAGGAGAUUGUGCUUUCUGAAGAAGAUGAGUUCUUAAUAAUAGGCUGUGAUGGGCUUUGGGAUGUGAUGACCAGUCAAUGCGCUGUGUCGAUCGUAAGGAAAGAACUGAUGCAACACAAUAACCCAGAGAAGUGCUCAGGCGAGCUAGUCCAGGAAGCGCUGAAACGGGAUAGUUGUGAUAACUUGACCGUUGUGGUUAUAUGUUUCUCAUCCAAUCCACCCCCUCAAAUUGAGAUCCCAAGAUCCCGUGUACGAAGAAGCAUUUCCUUGGAAGGGUUGCAUUUACUCAGGGGAGCUCUGGACAGCAAUGCCUGAUCUCAGUCCAUUCUUUCACUAGCCAUUUCUUGUUUUAUUAUACAAUUUUGCGUGAAUAAAUCCCGUAGAAUUGCUUGAAAUUUUGUCGAGAGGCUUUAGGCUAAUUAUUUGCAGAGUUGAGGUAUAAUUUAUUUGUAUCGGUAAGCAAGAUUUGUAUUGUCAACAGUGUAAUUAUCAGCAAUCCCUUUUCUUUCGGUGCAUACAAGGUGCAUUUUUCGCAUGGUUGAUCA